GCUCCCGAAGUAUACGACUAAAAAGAAAAGGAGAUCAAAAAAGUACUUUUUUACUGUUUCCUUUUUUUGACGUCUUUAGUUCCUUUUUCUUUGCCAAAAAUGGGUGCCAUGGAAUCCUCAGAAAGCCAAUCGAAUAAUCACAAAGGUGCUUCCGGAUGUUCUAAAUCCAGCGGGGACGUUGCGGACAGAAUUUUUGCAUGUCCCGUUUGCUAUGAAAGGUACGAUUCCCACAUUAUUCAGUGCAAAUCCGGACAUUCUGUGUGCAAAAAGUGCUCAGAACGUCUUCGGCAGUGUCCCCAAUGCUGCGCCGGGUACAUAGGGACACGGAACUUCACUCUUGAGGACCUCCUGACUGAAUUUCAACAAAUAGAUACGUCGCCAGAGAAGGCUCUAGAUGACAUUUUUAUUGCUGCUGAAGCUCGUGCUAUUGAAAAGAGGGCAAAAGAAGCCGAAUGGGCCGAAAAGAUGGAGACCAUGAAGAGAGAAUUCAAUAAACUUGUACAGGCAUUCCAGGAUAUGAAUUCCAGGAAUGCCAGGGCUUUAUCUGAGUCUUCGGGCAGUGACCAUGUGGACCAUGUAGUAUGCAGGUUACGCAAUUGUCGACUCACAAUGUCCGUGGAUGACUUGAGGGAACAUCUCAAACAGAGACAUCCGGAAGAUGUCGAAAUACUCAAAGCAACGCCCUACCUCAGCAAAUCCUUCUUCUCAUUUCGUCUCCAAUGUGUCAGUCAUCGCUACGCCCUCGUAACUACCUUUGGAAUCUUCUUUCUCAUCAUACGCGUCGAGAAGCAGCCCAUAGGUGGUAAUGAGUUUCAUAUUGCUGUGACAGCAUGGAUCCAGGGCACGUGCAAGGAUGAGGAAGCACAUCUGUUCUACUCGCGAAUCCAGAUUCAGAUUAAUAACAUCAGGGCUAUCUAUCAUGACUGCGUCCACGGCUGCCGACCAACUGUUGCUGACAUUGAAGGGAAAAAUGAGUGCCUUAAAUUCUCUCGGACAUUUAAUUCGUCCUAUAAUCUCAUAGUUGAUGGCUAUGUUUGCCUCAAUAAGUUCAGCAAUAAUCCUCGUCAACGUCGAACAAUCACAGAGACCUACAAUGUUACCAACCUCUACGAUCCUUAUUCAUUCUCUUUUCGAUAAUUUUAACUGAUCUGUAACAACUUGUAGAUUACAUACUGCCCACCGUAUCAACCUUUGACGAAAAGUUACCAUUAGAGAAUUUCAAUACAUAAUUUCCAUUCCAUUUAUAACGAAGAAAAUAAA